CUUCCUCGCUGACAUUGGGAUGAAUGGGGGUGUUGGAUGGGGGGGGUAGAUGCCCCCUCUUUGCCGCUGGAAUUCGGGUGUUGCAAGAGGUGGGUUUAAAAAUAUAUAUAUUUUAGAUAACCAAUUCUCUCUCCCUUUCCCCCGUUCCCCUCCCAGCUGUGUGAGAAACCCCGGAUCCAACGGAAAUCCGUGCUUUUCCAUGCCGGAUACGCGGCUUGCAAAACCUCUCUCUGGCCGCUGGAAAGGGGGAGGCGGGGAAGAGAGGAAUGGGACCCGAUGGUCACAGCAGUAGGGGAGGGAGAAGGAUCUUUCGCGGUGGGGGGGGGGGUGGGCUAGGGAAGGAGGAAGAGCCUCUGCAUCCUUCAAAACCAAGACCUAACCUUGCCUUCUCUUCUGAUUCAAGGAUCCGGAGACACUUUUUGACUGCAGGAAGGGAGGAAAAUGGUUGGCUGGCAUAGAAGAGAGACAGCCAUGAGGCUCAGACCAGCCGACAACGGAAGCCUUGCAAUGCAUUCCUAAGGAAACUGUUGGAUCCUUACACACACACACACGGAAAAAAAACCACCCCACAUUUGCACAAGGGGGAGAAAAAAGAACCCUGCAAACCCUCAACCCCACCGAUUUCCUACUCGUUGCUCUAGACACAGAAUCAUAGAAUUGUAGAGGAAGAGAACCUAAGGAAGGGGCAUCUAGCUCGGCCCCCUGCAAUGCAGAAAUCAUGGCUAAAGAAUCUGACGAAUGGCCAACCAACCUCUGUAAAAUAUCUUCUAAGGAAGGUGGACAAGAUGCUUUAGCCUCCUGACUCCAGCACCGUGUCGAGCUCCUCCUCCCCCUUCGCAGCCAUGCCGCCGCGCCCCUCGUCCGGGGAGCUGUGGGGGCUCCACCUCAUGCCCCCGCGGAUCAUGGUGGACUGCUGCCUCCCCAAUGGCAUGAUCGUCACGCUGGAGUGCCUGCGCGAAGCCACGCUCCUGGGCAUCAAGCACGACCUUUUCAAGGAGGCCAGGAAAUAUCCCCUUUUCCACUUGCUGCAGGAGGAAUCUUCCUACAUCUUCGUAGGGGUGACGCAGGAAGCCGAGAGGGAAGAAUUCUUUGACGAGUCCCGGCGCCUUUGCGACCUCCGUCUCUUCCAGCCCAUCCUGAAGGUCAUUGAGCCGGUGGGAAACCGGGAGGAAAAGAUCCUCAACAGGGAAAUUGGGUUUGCGAUCGGGAUGCCCAUCUGCGAAUUCGAGCUGGUCAAGGACCCCGAGGUGCAGGAAUUUCGGCGGAACAUCCUGUCGGUUUGCCGCGAAGCCGUGGAGACCCGGGGAUCUGCGGGGCCCCCGAGUCAGGCUCUGUAUGUCUACCCCCCCAAUGUGGAAUCCAGCCCAGAGUUGCCCAAACACGUGUACAGCAAACUGGACAAAGGUCGGAUCAUAGUUACCAUUUGGGUUAUUGUGUCUCCAAACAACGACAAACAGAAAUACACCCUCAAGACCCCCCACGACGCGCUUCCGGAGCAGGUGAUCGCCGAGGCCAUCCGGAAGAAGACGCGGAGCAUGCACCUGUCGCCGGAGCAGCUGCGCCUGUGCGUGCAGGAGUACCAGGGGAAGUACCUCCUCAAGGUGUGCGGCUGCGACGAGUACUUGCUGGAGAAAUACCCGCUCAGCCAGUACAAGUACAUGAGGAACUGCAUCACCAUCGGCCGCCUGCCCCACCUAAUGCUCAUGAGCAAAGAGAGCCUCUACAGCCAGCUGCCGGCCAACGUCUUUGUGCUGCCCUCCUACGCCCGCCGCUCGGCCACCUCUGCCCACGUCAACGGAGAUGUCCCCACCAAGUCGCUCUGGUCCAUCAACAGCCUCCUGCGCAUCAAGAUUCUGUGCGCCACCUACGUCAACGUCAACAUCCGGGAUAUCGAUAAGAUCUACGUCCGGACGGGGAUCUUUCAUGGCGGGGAACCCCUUUGCGACAACGUCAACACGCAGCGCGUUCCGUGUUCCAACCCUCGGUGGAACGAGUGGCUGUCCUACGACAUCUAUCUCACCGACUUGCCCCGGGCUGCCCGACUCUGCGUUUCCAUCUGCUCAGUGAAAGGCCGGAAAGGGGCCAAGGAGGAGCACUGCCCCCUGGCCUGGGGCAACGUCAACCUCUUUGAUUACAAAGACACACUGGUGGCUGGGAAAAUGGCUCUGAACCUUUGGCCUGUUCCCCAUGGCCUGGAGGAUUUGCUGAACCCCAUCGGAGUGGGGGGCUCAAACCCCAAUAAAGAGACCCCAUGCCUUGAGCUGGAAUUCACUUGGUACAGCCACACCGUCAAAUUUGCUGACGCCACCGAGAUAGAGGAGCACGCCAACUGGGCCAUGUCCCGGGAGCUUGGGCUCAACUACUGUAUGGUGGGACUGAGCAACCGCCUGGCCCGGGACAGCUCCCUGGAUGAGAGUGAACUGGAGCAGCUGAGAAGCAUCUGCAACCGAGACCCCCUUUCGGAGAUCACGGAGCAAGAGAAGGACUUCCUGUGGCGACACCGGCACUACUGUGUCAACAUCCCGGAGACCCUCCCUAAAUUACUGCUGUCUGUCAAGUGGAAUUCGCGGGACGAGGUGGCUCAGAUGUACUGCCUCCUCCGGGAAUGGCCGCUGAUUAAACCUGAGCUCUCCAUGGAACUCCUCGAUUGCAAUUUCCCAGAUCCGGUGGUGAGGGAGUUUGCUCUGAAAUGCCUUGUGAAGGGCCUCACGGACGACAAGCUUUCCCAGUAUCUCAUCCAGCUGGUGCAGGUUCUCAAGUAUGAGCAGUACCUGGACAACCCCUUGGCUCGCUUCCUGACCAUGAAAGCCCUGACCAACCAGCGGAUUGGACAUUUUUACUUCUGGCAUCUCAAGUCAGAGAUGCACAGCAAGCCCGUCUCUCAGCGCUUUGGGCUGAUGCUGGAGGCCUUUUGCCGGGGCUGCGGGAUGUACCUCAAGCACCUGAACAGGCAGGUGGAGGCCAUGGAGAAACUCAUCAACCUCACCGACAUCCUCAAGCAAGAGAAGAAGGAUGAGACGCAGAAGAUGCAGAUGAAGUUCCUGGUGGAGCAGAUGAGGAGGCCAGAUUACAUGGAGGCGCUUCAGGGCUUCAUCUGUCCCCUCAACCCAGUGCACCAGCUGGGCAACCUCCGGUUGGACGAGUGCCGGAUCAUGUCUUCGGCCAAGCGCCCCUUGUGGCUGAACUGGGAGAAUCCCGACAUCAUGUCCGAGCUGCUCUUCACAAACCACGAGAUCAUUUUUAAAAAUGGAGAUGACCUCCGGCAAGAUAUGUUGACUCUGCAGAUCAUCCGGAUCAUGGAGAGCAUGUGGCAGAACCAAGGACUGGAUCUCAGGAUGCUGCCCUACGGCUGCCUCUCCAUCGGGGACUGCGUGGGCCUCAUCGAGGUGGUCAAGAGCUCCCACACCAUCAUGCAGAUCCAGUGCAAGGGCGGCCUCAAGGGGGCGCUGCAGUUCAACAGCAACGCUCUGCACCACUGGCUGAAGGACAAGAACAAGGGAGAGGGCUAUGACGCUGCCAUUGACCUCUUCACACGUUCCUGCGCCGGUUACUGCGUCGCCACCUUCAUCCUGGGCAUCGGGGACCGCCACAACAGCAACAUCAUGGUUAAGGACGAUGGGCAGCUGUUCCACAUUGACUUUGGCCAUUUCCUGGACCACAAGAAGAAGAAGUUUGGCUACAAGCGGGAGCGAGUCCCCUUCGUCCUCACUCAGGACUUCCUCAUCGUCAUCAGCAAAGGGGUGCAGGAAUGUACCAAGACCAAAGAGUUCGAGAGGUUCCAGGAGAUGUGCUACAAGGCCUACCUGACCAUCCGCCAGCACGCCAACCUGCUCAUCAACCUCUUCUCCAUGAUGCUGGGCUCGGGGAUGCCGGAGCUGCAGUCCUUUGACGACGUGGCCUACCUGCGCAAGACCCUGGCGCUGGACAAGUCGGAGCAGGAGGCGCUGGAGUACUUCACCAAGCAGAUGAACGAGGCCCACCACGGCGGCUGGACCACCAAGAUGGACUGGAUCUUCCACACCAUCCGCCACAUGCCCCUCAGCGAGGCCGGCCACGACUGACAAGGACCCUCCGCCACCGGGGAGAGAGGAAACGCCGGCCCUCCAGAGCAGCAGGGAGAGGAUCUGGGAGCGCCGACGGGCUACCAAGGCAAGGGGGCGGGGAGCCCCGUGUGAACUCGGGCAACCGGGUUCCUGAUCCCCUCUCGGGACCGGCAGGGAGAGGAUCCAGGAGCGCUGGUGUGCCUUGCAGGACGCGAGGGAGGGGAGAGGGUCGCCCAGCCCCCUGCACUGGGGGUAAGGGGUCUUGAGGUUGAGAAAGGUUGGGGGGCAGGAAGCAGGGACCAGUUGCCUUCUGCAGGUAGGAGGGAGGCAGGCAUGGAAACGGACCCUUUCCCCUCCCGGAAGUGUGUAUAUGUGUGUUUCCCCCCACCCUUUCACCCAAUUUGAAAUUCUCUUCCCCACAUUUCACAUUGGGGGCUAAAACAGGAGACGCCCUUCCGCUCUGCCCUCCAGGCAGGUUUAUACUUGAAUUGCCCCCACUGCCCUUCUCUCCCCCUGCUUGGCAGAAAGCGGGCAGAGGGAGGUGGAGAGGGGAGGGGGGUCGAGGGGAGGGGGUUUUGCUGUGGGGGAAAUGGGCAGAAAGUGGCAAUACUUGAAAAAACAAAAAUGUCCAGGGUUGGAAAGGAAACAAAAAAAAAAUAUGGUUAUUUUCUCUCUUUUUUUUUCAAAUAAAAUUUUGAAAAAGAGA